AUGUCAAAAGAUAUUAACAGAAGCCAGGUGCUUCAAAACAUCAGGGUGCGGUCUACAUUAAAAAAGGACGGCAGCUGGAUCCAAAGAUCAAAUGAUGCCAAGAAAGAACAAGACACAGCGGGAACGAACACAGAUGUGGAAACUAAACCUAUUCCAGCUAGGAGUUCACAAGUCCGGUUGGCAGCCAGGAGAUUUGAGCCUCAACCCCCCACAAAAGCACCUAUUCAAAAUAUUAAUGCACAGCCAGAAAAGACAUUUACUGAAGCAACUGCAGAAAACACGGAACAACAUGCUUAUGCACAAGCUGACACCUGUCACAAGGAGGAUAAGGCCUCCGCAGAUGCUGAUGUGAAAAAUCCCCCUGCAGAAAUCUCUGCUGCGGAAGGCACAGUGAGAGAGAGUAGCGAGAGUGAAAGCACCGCUGGAGUCUCCGGAGAAUCUGUAAUCAAAAGAGAACCGCCGAAUACAACUAAUUUAGAGCACGCAGGAGUAAACAUGUAUGGACCACCUGCUUUGGCAACAUCGGGAAAAGAUGCUUCUCUCCAAGGCGGUGUGGAAACACCUGCUGUAAGUGAUGCAACACCAGAAGAAGAAACUGCUCUACAAAACAGUACCAUAUCAGUCACCGACACUUUGCCUGCACCAUCUAGUCAAUCCGAUGCUGACACUGCCAAGGGUGUGGAGUUUAAAGUCGAGUCUGCACCACCCUCUGAGCUGGUUUUUAAGAGCGGAACUGAAGAGGCGGUUGAGCGCGAAGAUGAAGGCACUGUUGUUGAACAAAGUUUUGAUCCAACACCUAAGACAACAGCAGACUGUGACAAAGAGUUGAACAUUGAAGAUGCCCUUGACCAAGUAGCUGCUUCAGAUGCAGAAGGUGUUUUGGAUAACACAGAGCACGCAGCUAUUAGACUAACUGAUGCUUUAGAUGUGGAGACGGCCAAGGCUGAAGCUGUUCCUAAACCUGUGGAAGAUCCAAGACAACCCCACUCUGAGGACUUCAAACCAAACCAAAAGUGUGAUGAUAGCCAUAUUUCUGAUGUGUCUCAAAAGCCUGCAGAGGACGUAAACUCAACAAAAACUCUGAAUAAGCCCAUUCAUGGCAAAUCUCCUUGUUACUUCUGCAACCAAAUCAUUAAUGGAAAUGUCAAGAUCAUGUUCAGUGAGCCUUCGAUGAACUGCCACCCAGACUGUUUAAAGUGCGGGGUUUGUGCUAGGGCCCUUGGAGAUAUGCUGACCCCCAUGUUCUUGAAGGACCAAGUGAUCCAGUGUGGAGUGUGUUUUUCAAAAGCGGUUAAGAAAUGAUGCCUAUUUGAGACAAAUAUGUUUCCAGAAAAUAGUCCAAGCAUACCUUGAUGAAUGUGCUGUCCAUUAUUUCCCAUAAC